UAAUUUAUUUAUAUAUUUAUUUACUUAUUUAUAAAUUUUCUUAUUUAUUUAUAUAUUUAUUAUAUUUAUUUACAUUGUGCAUAUUUUACAUAUUUUACUUGAAUAAAAAAUGGACAGUCGAACCUUCAUAAUUUUAGUGAUUUUGGGAUUUGUUACACUCUUCGUCAAAGGACACAUAAACUUGGCAGAUGUCCCCUGCGGUCAUGGUGCAACCGGGAUACGUCGUAACGCCCGAGUGGUCGGAGGGCAGGACGCCAUACCACGUGAAUUUCCUUGGCUGGUGAGCAUCACAAGGAAAGGAGGACACUGGUGCGGUGGCACAAUUCUCAACUCGAAAUUCAUUCUCACUGCUGCACAUUGCUUCUGCUCUGGAUAUGAUAAAAUAAAUUUCAAUCAAUUUAAAGUGACGUUGGGUGAGCAUAAUCUGAAGCAAACAGAAACACCGCCGGCACGAGUGGAAACUAUUAGUACAAUUACGAUGCACCCGGAAUUUAAGUGUAGAUUUUAUGUUAACGAUGUGGCCCUUGUGGAAACAACUAAUUCCAUAUCCUGGUCGGAAAGCGUUCAGCCUGCAUGUUUGCCACAUGAAACAGGUAAAUCUGGAUUUGAUGCUUUCAAUGGAGAAGAUGCAGUAACCGCAGGAUGGGGUUGGCUCGGUGAAGAUAAAUCAAAAGACAAAAGAGCGGACGUGCUGCAAAAAGUUGAUGUUCGCGUUUUGGAGAAUAGUGUAUGCAACGAGUGGUACGCCAGUCAAGAGAAAAAAAUUCGCGUCGUAUCGGGACAAAUGUGCGCCGGAUAUGAAGAUGGUGGACGCGAUUCAUGUUCGGCUGACAGUGGUGGACCCUUGAUGGUCGGAAGUCAUUCCGGUAGUACGAUGGUCGUUGGGGUGGUCUCAUCGGGAAUUGGAUGUGCACGACCUCGUCUUCCGGGUAUAUAUACGCGAGUCUCAGAAUAUAUUCCUUGGAUUGUGCAACAGGCUAUUCCGUAAAACCGAGAAAUAGUGCUCCCAAGAAUAGUGAG